UCCAAGUCGCAGUGAGUUUAAUUUCAUGUCGUUAUGACACACAUCGGCCUAAAUUUACGUGUGACUGGACAUUGUAAUCAAGGGGGUCGCAAAUAUAUGGAAGAUGCUUUUGUUGUGGCCUAUCAACAGACCGAAGACCAAAAAGAUUUAGAAUACGCAUAUUUUGGAAUUUUUGAUGGUCACGGUGGCCGUGAAGCUGCUCUUUUCGCUAAAGAGCAUUUAAUGAAUAAUAUUGUUUGUCAAAAAUCUUUCUGGAGUGAUGAUGACAAUCAGGUUUUAAAAGCCAUUCGAGAUGGCUUUUUAGCAACACAUCAGGCUAUGUGGAGAGAAGUCGGUAAAUGGCCGAAAACUGUUAGCGGUUUGCCCAGUACAUCUGGUACAACUUCCAGCAUUGCAUUCAUUCGUCGUAGGAAACUCUACAUUGGUCAUGUUGGAGACUCGAAAAUUGUCCUUGGUUUUCAGCUACCUGGCCAAAGUGAAUGGUGUUCUUACGCUUUGACAAAAGAUCAUAAACCAGAAAGUCCUGAGGAGAGGCAAAGGAUUAACAAAGUCGGUGGUCUUGUGCUUAACAAAGCAGGUGUGGAACGGGUGGUUUGGAAUCGUCCUCGUCCUGGACAUAAAGGACCAGUCAGAAGAAGCACACCAUUUGAUCAAAUCCCAUUCUUAGCUGUCGCAAGGUCAUUAGGAGAUUUGUGGAGUUAUAACUACCUGCGACAUGAGUUCGUUGUGAGCCCUGAUCCUGAUGUGGAUGUGAUCAAUAUAAAUCCUCGUAUGCAUCGUUGUGUGAUUUUUGCCUCAGAUGGACUGUGGAACAUGCUCACCACUCAGUGUGCAGUCAGAAUAGUCCAGACUGCCGAUGAAGAAAAUGAAAAAAUUAUACUGGAAAAUGGAAAAACAAAUGGUGCUGGGCGGCAGUUGAAUAAUCCAUCCAAAAUUCUGGUUGAUGCUGCUCUCAGGCACUGGUACGAGCUUGGAAUGCGAGCAGACAACACAAGUGUGGUUACUGUGAUGUUAGAUCCUCCAGGACCACCCAAAAGUGAAGUCCUCUUAAGACAGAGAGUAAUGAAGAGACUACGGCCAAGAGACGACCAAAUUGAAGAAGAAUGUGAUGCAAGUGAUGCCAGUGCAUUUGAUGUGAGCUCUCCAUCAGGUAGCAGAGAAAAGCGUAAGAUUAGUGAAGAACAAACACCUCUAAAAGAAAGAAAAAGGUCUUCUGAACUAACAGAACCUCCAGCCAAAGAAAGGAGACUUUCCACAGAUUCAGACGAUUCUAUUCCAAGAAAUUUACCAAAACCUGUUGUUUUGUCGCCAAAACGAGUUGAAGUGAAAUAUAAGGUUGUGUUUAAUCAUGCUGAUCAAGCGUCCCCAGCACCCGAGUCAAAUGUUCCUAAAGCUCCCGAGAAACCUCAGACAUACAGUAAACUGACAUCUGCAGAUGUGAAUCAACCCAAUGCAGAUGUUUUAGAUGUUAGGGCAAAGAAAAAAGGGCAUGACCCACCACAUGAUGAAGACAUUAUUAAAACGUCAGAAACAAAUUCAUGUGGUAAAGAUAUUAACUCUGUGACUUCUGGUUGCAGUCUUGAUAACAAAUCAUCAGUUAGUAUGUCUUCAUCCGAUGGGGGAGAGCCAUCUACUUCAAAAACAACUUCAAAUGAAAACUGCAACGACAAAAGUUACUUUCAAUCAGAUACAUCUACGAUUUGUCCCAGAAAGGGAGAUUCAGAUUCUCUGCUAGGUUCAGAAAACAGCAAAGAAAACGACAGAGUUCAUUUGUGUGAAGUAGACAAUAUUUUCAAACUAACCAACAGGACUACAUAUUGCUUUGAUUCCUCAGAUAAUGUAAAGCAGAGUCCGCAGAAAGAUGAAAGUACUGUUGAACCAAAGAUGAAAAACUUCAGAAAGAGUACGCUUAGGCGGAGGAAUGAUUCCUUGUUUCAAAAGACAAUGGAUGUAAAGAAAAGAACACAUUCACUUAGAGCCAGUAAUUAUUCCUCCUGUAAAACUGAUUCUCGUCGAGAUUUUGGUCUUAAGACGCGUGCUCAUGGAGGUCUUCGAAAAUUAAAAGUGUAAAAAACUCUGUUUAAAAUUGAACCAGUAUGGAGCCAACUAUCUCGAUUUUUUAAAAACUUUCAGCUAUUUUAUUUCUAUUCUUUAUUAGCAAAUUAUAGUACUUAUAUAGUCACAAUAUUUUACAAUUGAGAGAAACUAAAAGUUAUUUAGUAGCAGGUACAUUGUUUCCUCUUCA